UACAGCUCAUUUUCCCACGUGUAGUAAAUAAAUAAGCAGUAUCAAGAAACGAUGACAGCUAUCUUAAAUGAUUAAAGUCGUAAAAAGUGCUCGAAAGGUGUUUUAAAAGAUACUAUAUAGAAACCGUAAAAUCCAGCUGAAGGGGGCAUGAGGAAAACGCUGGUGGGUUUCACUAAUAGAUCUCACAAGAGCAAUAUGGAGGGUAACUCCACGUCAGACAUAGUGAUCAUUAGCGGCAACUCGCACCCUGAACUCGCCGAACUGAUCGCGCAUCGCCUGGGUGUGAGAAAGGGAGGAUGUUCCGUUUACCACAAGACCAACAGGGAAACUAUUGUGGAGAUUGCAGAUUCUAUUCGUGGAAAGAAUAUUUAUAUUGUACAGACUGGCACUAAAGAUGUGAACAACAAUAUAAUGGAAUUAUUGAUAAUGGCUUACGCUUGUAAGACUUCCUCGGCAAGGUCAAUCGUAGGAGUGAUUCCAUACUUGCCCUACAGCAAACAAUGCAAAAUGAGGAAACGUGGCUGCAUCGUAACCAAACUCCUUGCCAAAAUGAUGUGCAAGUCGGGCUUGACACACAUCAUCACAAUGGACUUACACCAGAAGGAAAUUCAGGGUUUCUAUGAGUGCCCCGUUGAUAACUUAAGAGCAUCUCCAUUUUUGUUGCAGUACAUCCAAGAAAGUAUUCCAGAUUAUCGUAACUCGGUAAUAGUGGCUCGUAACCCAGGUUCUGCUAAGAAAGCUACUUCAUACGCUGAGCGUUUACGGUUGGCCAUAGCCGUCAUUCACGGAGAACAGAAGGAAGCUGAGAGUGAUGAAGUUGAUGGACGCUACUCACCACCAUGCUUACCAAAUCGAUCACGCACUAUGGAUGUUUCUGUCGGAGUUCCCGUUCAUCCAGCAAAGGAAAAGCCCCCGAUCAACGUCGUUGGAGAUGUCGGCGGCAGAAUAGCUAUCAUGGUGGAUGACAUGAUAGACGAUGUACAAUCAUUCGUUGCCGCAGCGGAAGUGCUAAAGGAGUGUGGAGCGUACAAAAUAUACGUGUUGGCAACCCACGGAUUACUGUCUUCCGACGCGCCCCGGCUUAUCGAGGACUCGCCCAUCGACGAGGUCGUGGUCACCAACACCGUGCCACACGAACUUCAGAAGAUGCAGUGCAACAAGAUCAAAACUAUCGACAUAUCAGUCCUCCUUAGUGAGGCCAUCAGACGCAUUCACAACAAGGAGUCCAUGUCAUACCUCUUCAAAAAUGUCACCCUCGAGGAUUAGUCAUACCUGAUGUUGCUUUCCAUGUUUUAAUGUUAAGUAUUAAUUAAGUAUUAUGUUCCUAUCUCAGUUCUAUAGUCACUGUUUUUUUAGAGUAUCUUUUAUUGUAACAGCUAUGGGUUCAGUGUAUAAAAAUGCCAUAAUCACAAUUAAGUUGCUUUUAUGAGUAAAGUAAUCCUUGAAGUAUUAUGAAAACUUGACCAGUGAUUAUAGAACUCUGAUAUGGAAUGGUUACAUAAUUCCUUGUUUGUGUAUUAUUUUAUGUAUUGUAUUUUUUAAGUUUAUUGUAUGUUUAAUUUUAAUUAAUAUCAAAUGCCUAAUUAAGAAACUAAAUAAUUGAUAUAAAAUAUGUAUAUAUCUAUCACUAUGAGUUCAAAAAUGUAUUUAUGGCCAGUUUGUUUUUUAUUGUUUGUCUUGAGUUCAGCUGCAUUUUGUUUCUUCUUUGGUUGCAUUUUAAUUUUUAGUUUUUGUACCCACAGUAACAGUGUUCUGUACCAAUAAAAGAACAUUAAGUAAAUUAAGUUAGUUAGAGGUUUCUUUUGUUGUAUAAUGUGGAGGUAUUUUUAGGCUUGUUAAGUAUUAAAUGUAUAUUCAUUAAUGGCGACUUUAAGUCCACAUUUUCUUUAACGCAAUAUAUCACCCGUUGUCUACUUGCUUCUGAUAAAGUCCAUUUGAAAAAUAUAUAUUAGUGACGUUGAAUUUUCAAAUAUAAAAAGUAAUUUUAGUAAACAUAAUUAAACUCAUAUACAUUUUCAGACAUCAAAUAGUUUUAAUUGCAUCGUUUUCAAUCAAAUAAUAAAAUAUAUAUUUUUGUAAUCGAAAAACUUUUCCAAAUAAUUAUUCGUCUAUUGAUACUUAUCACGACACAAGUUUGUCGAACUCAGUCUAACAAAGCUUGAGACUAGAAAAUAAAUUUUAAUGUUUUUCAUAUGCCAAUGUAAUGUUUUAUUCAAAAAACCUACAAACCGUUGAAUUCGUGUCUGCAACUUGCGGUGGGACUGCGUUAUCUAAUAGAACUAGGUUUGCUAAUAUCUAAAAUACAUAACGGAACACCAUUAUUAUAAGCCUUUCCGUCUCAUACAAAUAGACUGAAGAGAUAUCUUUAGUUUGUAUUUCCAAAAUGCAAGUGGCCUUUGCCGUAUACACCAUCAAUGUUUGUUGAUACUGCAAUGUUUAUUAAAACGAUUCUAAUCUUUAUAUUUUAUAGAAAGAAUGUUAGGAGUAUAAAAGUAAUCAUAGCUUUUGUGAUUGACUUAUAAUGUACGUAACAAUUUGUUCAUUUUCGUUACAAGUACAAAAAAAUAACUUAUAUAAAUCCGCUUAAUUGGCCUAUAUUACCCGUGAAUCCGACACAAAUGGCGUGAACAUACAAUUUCAGUGUAUAAAUUGUUACGUAUAAAGUUAUAAUAUGUGAGAAUUAUAGUAAUACAAAUAUAAAUUAAUUUGUAUAGCUAAGAAUAUAGCGUAAAUGUGUACUACUUAAUAUAGACUAUAUAAAUAGAAAUAAAAUUGUGGCAUAUA